AUUGCCUGCACUAUCUCAUCUCACUGGACAUUAGAAACUUUCUCUUCAGUAGUGCAUCUCAUGUCUUCAGGAUCUGAGCAGAGUUACACACGCCGGUUUAGUUGAUGGGACUCCUCACUAUAUUGCGUAAGCAGAGGGAAAGAGAGCGAGAAAUUCGCGUUCUGAUUCUUGGCCUCGAUAAUGCUGGAAAGACUACGAUAACUAAGAAGUUCUUGGGGGAGGACCUCAACAUGGUGGAACCCACUCUCGGUUUCAACAUCAAAACCGUGGAAUUUCAAGGAUUCACCAUCAACUUUUGGGAUGUUGGUGGUCAAAAGAGUCUCCGCUCGUACUGGCGAAACUAUUUCGAGCAGACAGAUGCUUUGAUUUGGGUGAUCGACUCUGGAGACCAAGAGCGGUUAGUGGCUUGCCGAGAUGAGCUGAGGUCAUUGCUUGGUGAAGAACGGCUUUCUGGUGCAACCUUACUGGUUCUUGCCAAUAAGCAAGACCUACCUAGUGCUAUACGUGUCGCUGACAUAGCAAAGCUGUUGGAGUUGAACGAAAUCAAGUCGCAUCAUUGGCGAAUCUACAGUUGCAGUGCCAUGACGGGCGAAAACCUGCUCGAGGCUGUCGAGCGUAUUUGGAGGUCAUAUUUGCUUGGCGACCUUCGUAUAACCACUCAUUGGGUGCGAUCUCAAACAGUAGUCAGAUUGGAGAGACGGUUGCUGACUAGGAUGAAUUGCGGCCACGUCGAGUUUGUGUUUCACUACCGCAUUACCGAAUUUAUGAGAUUGAUUGUUGACAAUCUUGAUCUGAUGGAGACGGAUUCGCUGCAAAGCAUAGCUGAUUGGAUGAUGAAGAAGUUGAGCGGACGUGUUAGUCCAUGCGGUGCUCGCUUUUCUAUCGACGAAGAAGAUGAAGUGGAAGUUGACAGUAUAACUGUUUCGUUCCUCUACGACCUUCUGCUCACCUGUCGUAAACGUCAAGUAGAUCGUGUCGAUUUCGAAGUUGAAAGUGAACCUCGCACUGUUUGCUGGAAGUGUCAUUGCUUUAGCGAAGAGAGCUCGAGGUCUCGCAGCGAGAGUCAAUCUUUGGACAUGACAUCUAUCGAUGGAGAGUUUGAGGAAGGCUUUAUCGAUUUUCUCAACAAACUAGAGCAGCGUCAAGAGCAGAUAAAGGAAUCUGCUCUCCGUCUUCUUACUCCACCACGCGCUACUAUGACAGCUGAUUAUAACCGUACCGAGAAAUCAGUACAGACGGCUCCGAUGUGUCUGCCAGCCGAGGUUUUCGUGCCAGAGCUUCCUCCGCCUGACCUCUCCGAGUACCAUGAUGCGCCUGUGAAAAUCGCCGGUGUCGAACAACUCGUUGAUGUCUUCGAUCUCGACACUAAAACCAAUUGCACCAAAAGCGGUGGAAUUAUGAAAUGUGUAACAGCAUCCCCAGUUUUAACUACACGAGACCUCAGCUGGCGCUAUGAAGAUUUUAUCGGCAACUGGGAACGUUCUCUGAACAUGGUUGCUACACCCUGGUCUACAGACAAAGCUCAUCGCAAAAGCUUGCCAUGCCAGCAAGUUCCAUCAUGUUUUGAGGAUCUUUUGGCCCUACAAGAAACAGCCGCAAUUGCUCAGCGAGUCGAAAAGAAAUGGAAUCGAACGCGUGGUAACAUCAGUUUGUCGAUGACAGCUGCUCUCAGUACAGGUGUAGGUGGCGUAGAUGAGGAAGUGCAAGCUACGUCUGACUCAGAGAAGUCAGAUAAAAAGAAGGACGGCGAGGAAUGGGUUUCCACCUUGCUGAAAAUGUUGGAACAAAAGCCAGCGAGAAGUAGAAAGCUGCUCAAAGGACUGUUGAAUUAUUCUAAGGAACAUAAGUCCACAAAAGCAUCGAAGAAGCGCUGUUGCGAGAAUUGCCGUGUGCCUAAAACUGCGCAACCUGAGUCAUCCAGUGAGCCCGCCGUUGAAGCUCAGUCAAAGGAAUCGGACAGUGCUAACACCAUCGCAAAUGUUUACGAGUAUAUGAAGUUGAAAUUGAAGGAGCAUGAGCGAGCUAAGAAAAGCGAGAAUAACGUGCCCUCUGCAGAAACGAAGCUUAAGAAACAAAAGAAAGAUAUCAAUCAGCACGACAUUCGAGCUUAUAUGAUCGGCAAGAAGAUCUCGAAUUCGUUGAGCAAGACUGCUAGUGCUCAGACUGACAUUCGCGGUUAUUGUAUAGGAAAGAAAGUGAAAAAAGACGCAGGAGAAAAAGCUGAGGUUGCUGUUGCUGCUACAUCGCCUGAAAGAGAAAAACCGAAAACAUCCAAGUCUAAGUCUUCAUCCAAGCAACGGUUGGCUGGGAAGUAUAUGAAGCUCACAAAAGCUCCUACUUUGGCGGUGGCUGGGGAGUCAUCUACAAAAUAUAUUGGCCGUUUGUCCGUUGAUAAUGCUGUCUUUGGAAAGACCUUCAAAGUUGUUAAUCUGUCUAGGAAAGAGCUGCAGAUCUCUAUAUCUGCAGUCAACUGGCCGGCUGAGACUGAAUUGUUGAAUCCUGGAGCUGUAACAGCUAUCUCAGCUGGACAAACAUCGGAAAUUCCGGUAACUCUCAGCACUCGUCGCUGCAAUGAGACAUCGGGAUGUGUGCAGCUACGUAUGCUUCAUCGCAAUGUCCCACUCUCCCAUACACUGAGCUUCAACUACACUCCUUUGAAAAAGCACUUUGAAGGACCGCUUUUAUCGGAUCUAUACGAUGCAAGCGAUGUUACCCUGCUCACAAAACUACGCAAACCUUUGAAUGAACCGCGAAUCGUCGAGGAGCCGAAAGUUACAGAGACGGAGAAAACCACAGAAGAAACUGUCAGCACAGUGGUGGACAUGCUAAAAGACGAAGUGGAAUGUCUUUGCAGUGUUAUGCUGACGGAUGCCAAUGUGCAUGAAAAAGUGUAUAUCACACAGCUACAAGCAGCACAGGUUCAUGACUUGCACGAUAUUGAGUCUGUUGUGAAGCCAAAAGUUGAGGAAAGUCUCACCGACAGUGUCCACACGGCUAUUGAAGACGAAAGUGAUUUCGACGUACUGAAAGAAUAUGGUCCGUGCAAUGAGGAGAACGACUCAGCUCCGGGUGAUUUUGAAAUUGUGGACGAUGUCGAUGAAAGAGCCAGUGUGUCAUCGGAUCAAUUUGAGAUGGCAUAAACAUUGCGGUAUAUGCGUAUAUAGCUUGUAGUCUUCCCGAAAGUGUACCAAAUACCCAUACUAUUCAUCCCAUUUCUAAGUCGUAUUCUAGCUCUGCAGGGAUUUAUCAUGGUUGAGUCAGACGAUGCUAGUAUUUUUUGAACGUGAUGUGCAUUUCUAAUCUUUUUCCGUUGGAAUUUAGUCCACCUCUCGCAUGUCUUUCAGUGUAUCAAUGCU